UCAUUUCUUUACGGGUCUCCCAUUAUUUCCUUUCUCCGGCAUCAUCUCCGGCGUCGUUUCGUGCACUGGACCUCCGGCGAUAGCUCUCUUGCUACGGCGAACUUUCCGAUCUCGAGUUCGUUGGUGCUGUGUGCGGUUUUCUGCUGUGUUCUCUUUGUUUUAGUCAUCGAUAAUCUGAGAAGAGUUGUACAAGAUGAUUGGAUCCUUUCUUACAAGAGGACUGGUGAUGGUUUUUGGUUAUGCCUAUCCUGCUUAUGAAUGCUACAAGACUGUUGAAAAGAACAAGCCUGAGAUUGAGCAACUCCGCUUUUGGUGUCAAUACUGGAUAUUGGUUGCUUGCUUGACGGUUUUUGAGAGAGUUGGGGAUGCUUUUGUUUCAUGGGUUCCGAUGUACAGUGAAGCUAAGUUGGCAUUCUUUAUUUACCUUUGGUAUCCUAAAACCAUGGGAACUACCUAUGUCUAUGAUUCCUUCUUCAGACCAUAUGUUGCAAAGCAUGAGAAUGACAUAGACCGUAGCUUGAUGGAGCUAAGGACAAGCGCUGGGGAUAUGGUUGUUAUAUACUGGCAAAGAGUUGCAAGUUACGGGCAGACCCGAAUCUUUGACAUUCUGCAGUAUAUCGCCGCACAAUCAACUCCAAGGCCACAACCGCCUCAGAAACGCGGCCCGAAGGUUAACCAACCUUCAACUUCUAAGCCUAAGCAAGCCCCUAAAAUGCCACAAUCAGCGUCUGAAGAACCACCAUUACCGACAUCUAGUUCGUCCUCAAGUGAACCAGAAGACGAAGGUGAGGUCACCAGAAAACCGAGCCCUCUAAAACCCAAAACGUCUACCUCUGAACCAGCCCCGGAUUCCCAAAACUCUAGUAAUACCCAAACCAUCCGAAAAUCGGUAUCUGCCCCCAUUCCGAUUCCAACCAAAUCGAUUCCUACAACCGAAGCUGAACCAAUGGAGAUCGAAAAAGCCGUGGGAUCUCCAUCCCAACCAGACGACAAGAGCAAGAACGAGAACUCAAACCCGAAGUCGUCUCCUUUGGAGGAGACGAUCAUGGAGGAAACGAUAAGAGUUACUCGUGGAAUGUUGAGGAAGACACGUUCAGCGGAAACACGCUAAAAGCCAAAAGGGUAAAAGCAUAUAGCGUUUUUUUUCCGGUCUUCUUUGUCGCUGAUCUUCUUUUCUUUUCAUAUUUGUUAGUAUUCACAUGAACUAAAUUGGAAAAUUGAUAUGUAAAAUCUGUUGAAUUAUAUGGGGGGAUGAUGCCAUGGUAGGUUGGUUACAGAGAUAUGGUGGAUAUAUAUAUAUAUAUAUUCGUUGGUGGGUUUUA